AUGCCUUGCUCCAUUUGUGCAGGCACCACAAACCCUAUCACGCCCACGCUCAUCACCCCAGCGCUCAGGACCGCCGAUGAGCCCCCAGGGCCAGGCACGGUGCCCCUUCCUGGGUCAAUUGCCGCCGUGCGAGGGCGGGUGCCUGUCCCCCGAGUCGAUGCCCCGAUCGCAACGGCCGUCCCGCCCGCCCGGCCCUCGCCUCCCAGGGGCACGCCCGCAGCGCCGCACGCGCCCACGGCCAGGAUCGGCGCAGGCACCGGAUCGCGGCGCCAUGGCCCCACGCCGCCCCUGCCGUCCGCACUGGGCGUCCAGCCGCUGCCGGCGCCCAUCGUCCUGAGCCCGGUGCGGAAGCUGCGCUUCACGCCCUCCAAGCGCGACCUGCGCUGGGAGCUGAGCUCGGACGGGGAGGACGGGGGCGAGGAGUCUGAGGCCGAGCAGGAGGGCGAGGGGGAGCUGGGCCUGGCGGCCCUCAUGCGUCAGGCCCUGUGUGUGAAGAAGGCAAGGCGCAGGGCGUCCAUCGCCAGCAGCCAGUCCUCCGAGGGCCAGGGGGACAGCGAGACCGAGGAGGCAGGGAUGGCCCAGCUCCAGGCGGCGCUCAUGGGCAUCCUGCGCCGCCGCAAGGCUGGCGCGGCGAAGAAGCGGGCGGCGCUGCUCGAGGCCCUGGAACAGGACACCGCCGAGAGGCUGUCGUCGCUCCAGGCGCAGGCCGCCGAGGAGCGGCGGGGCCUGGAGGCGCAGGCGCAGCGUGCGCUGCACGAGCUGACCGGCAGGAUGGAGGCCAAGUACCAAGAGCUGGUCGCCGCGCAUGAGCAGUACGUGGCAGCCGGCCGGCGGAUGUGGGAAGAGUACCAGCACCUGCACGACCAGGCCAGCACGGUGAACGAGGAGGCCAGCGCUGCGCUGGCACGGCAGGAGGAAAGCACGGCGCGCCGCCUGACCGAGCUGAAGGCCUGGACCCAGCAGCAGCAGGCGGCCGCGCGCAGGCAAAGGAGGGGUGUGGGUCAAGGAAGGGCGUGUCCGGCGAGCGUGCAUGGGAAGAUAGCAAAGGCCAGGAAGCAGGCUGCCAAGCUGCCGCAGCUGGCAAGCAUGCUCCUGCCCUUCAUGUGA